AUCAUAUUAGCAUCGCCUUCCUUCAGUGACACAGCAAUGCAUUGAUUUCAUCUUUGCCGCUGAUCUUGAAGGGAAAUUUUCCAUGCAUUGGUCAGUAUAAAGCACCAAAAGCAUCGCUAAAAUAGUCUGCUAUCCCAGAGCUACCCGAAAGCCAAAUCGACGACAUAUUUCAGUGGCUGGACAUUCAACUAAAUUCCAUAAUCCUCUUUGUGUUAAUGCAUGGAUUCUUCACCGGGGUACUGGCAAUGACCUUGUGGACCACUGUUCAAAGCAAAAAUCGUCCACAUGGUCGAGGGAUCCAUUUCCUCAUGAUCGUCAUCCUGCUUCUAUAUAUUUUCACAACUGUCGACGUUUUCAUCUCCUGGAUAUUUUUGACUCAAUCAUUCAUUAUGAAUGGGAAAAACUUCUGGACGGCAUAUCUCACCAACACGUCUAUGCCGAUUAGCAUCAUUGAAGGAUUUACCGCUUGCUUGAGCACUAUACUUGCUGACGCCUCUCUGAUCUGGCGUUGCUGGACUGUGUGGGGACGGUCUUGGCGUGUCGUGCUCGUUCCGACUAUUUGCACUACUCUGGGAGUCGUGAGCAGGGCAUUCGUACUCUAUUAUAGUACUUUCUGGUUGGAGAGCGGCCUACCGCCAUCGAUCCUCUACGACCUAAAGUCUGUCAACUGGGCUGUUCUCUACACUUCGCUCGUUUUGACUACCUUACUUUGGUGCACAAUCCUCAUCGUGUACCGUAUCCUCAAAAUCACCGGCAUUGCCACAGGUAUCCACAGGUAUCACAGAGCAAUAGAGGUUGUUGUGGACUCUGCCUCUCUGUACUCUGCCAUAAUUGCCGUUCUGUUAGCGUUCCAAGUUCGCAAUGAGCAGAUCGGGAUUUAUCUGGAAAACGUAGCCUCUGUGAUGAGGGGAAUUGUGCCCACAAUCCUGGUCGGCCGUGUUGCAGCAGGGCAUACACGCCCAGAUGAUGACUGGGGCGGUUCGAGAAGCACGGUAUCGUUGCUUGAAUUCGGAAAUCAUUCAAUCAGCCAAGACAGGAGCACUGGAAUGGAUGCUGAAGGCGAUUUGACCUUGCGCGCAACGCCGGACCUGGAGGAAGGCCUAGAGGAAGGCUCGCAAAGCAGGGACUACGGAAUAGCAGAAAAUGCGUAGCAUAUAUGUAUUGUUCCUAAUUUUCGAAUUACAUUUUAUUUCCUACUA